UCUAUGCCCGAAGCUUUCGAGACGCAAUUUGCUCCUGUAUCGUAUCGGAAGCACUUAACCUAACCUUGUCGUAUUGGUCCUCUCCUACUCCUUUGAGGCUAUUUAUCUCCUGAUCGAGGUCCUCGCCGUCUUCCUGGCCUGUUGUUGAUCAUCAACGAUCAUACCCGUUAUGUAACGGACCCUCAGUCGGCUGCGUGCUUUCGCGAUUCGACGAGGGUGGAGGAUCGUUGGUUAGGACGUCGUCUCCGAUGUGUCUGGCAUGUUAUUAUUGUCGCAUCGUUAUCAUCCGUGUGUAUAAACUGUGGCAAAACUGUUGACGGGCCGUUGCUGAGCCUCGAGGAAAGGUUUUCUUUCGCUGUAACUUCGUCGACAGUAUCGCAGCGGUGGGACUCCGUUCGAUAAGCAAUGUUUCGCGUACCAAACGCGACUGCAUCCCGAAUUGGACCUGGAAAGAGCUCAUCUGAAAGACAAAACUGUUCUUACGGAUCCUACGAAUGUAAACAGCAGAGCCUUGAGGGUUACGCCUAUUGCACCAAACACAUUUUAGAAGACAGUUCUGCCCCUUACAAACAAUGCAGUUUUGUGUAUAACAGUAACGGCCGUAAGUGCCAGAACCCGGCUUUGAAGGGUGAUCGAAGAGAUCUUGCGUACUGUUCAGAGCAUGCGAGAAGAGCACAGUUAGCUCGUAUCAAGUCCACAUCCCGGCAUUCGCCACCGCAGACCCCGGAAACUCUGCUUCUCAAUCUGAGCCACUAUGUUAAGCCAACAGAUUCUAGCGCGGAGGAUACGGAGGAAGAAGAAGGAAAGGUGAAGGUUCUGGAUCCUUUUGCUGAAAUUGAUGCCUAUAGAAUAAACGCCAGUGGUUGUGACGUUCUUGACUAUGCGAGCUCUUCGGACAGCGAUGUCGAACCUGUAGUUGUGAGCGAAACCUUACGUGGAACAUUCCUCGACGAUAGCGAAGACGAGAGCCUCCAAAGUUCGCAGGAGGACCCGCUUAAUAUUAAUUUUUUAAGGCACGCCGGGAUCUUCACCGCCGAAGAGGUGAUAUACAUAGCGAGGGAAAAGCUCAUCAGGCUGCAAUCGCUCUACAUUGACCAAUUCAGAAGACUGCAACAUAUAUUCAAAGAAAAACGUCGCAAGUACCUGCACACAGUGAAAAAGGAAAAAGAAACUACCUGUAGCAUUCACGAUCAGCCGAAAGAAACCGCUAAGGAAAAAAAGAUUUAUGAUAAAUUGAAAGCCCUCAACUCUUACCACAGGCGGAGUGGCGUUGACGCUAUUCUCUACAAAAAAUCGUUGGAGAGGCGAGCUCAGCAGGCAACUGAGGGUCCAGCGCAGAAGCCUCCCAACGUUACGAAGUGCAUUUUCACCGAAGGUGGAGUGAAGUGUGGGGAAAGAACGCUGCCGGCAGCAAGACAUUGCCGUAAACACAUACUAAAGGAUCAGCAUCAAGUAUUGUUCAAAGCCUGUGGAGCCGUUAGAGCUGACAUAGAAUGCCACGAGCCCGUCCCAGUCGUUUUCGAUUCGUCGUGCGUCUUUCACAUGAAUUUACCGCCGCCUUUAAAACUUGAAUCUAUGGUGUUUGAAGAAGCGAAACCAGUUGUAAAGGAAGCUUCGGUAUUGGAUAACCAGUCGAUGGAGAUAGACGUAGUCGGAGAAACUCAAGAAAUAGACCCAGAUGACGAUAUGGCAGGAUUAAUGAGAGAGAUGAACGAUGCGGCGGGUAAAAAAGUGGCGUUCAACGAUAGCUUAAACAGUGAGGCCAGCACAGAUACCGCUUUCAGUUUAACCGCACAGCUAAGCGACAAAGACGAGCUUAUUUUGAUUUGAUGACUGUUAAUUUUGACAAAAAACUUUUACUCGUUUACUGUACAAACGUUCAAACGGACUAAUGUGUUUUAUAAAAUACCAUUAAAAAUCUGCUGAACACUGUUUCCAUAUCAUCUAUAAUUAUUUCUUUCUUUCUUGUUUUCGAUCUCUAACAGUUAGUUUCUGGUUUUUAAUGUAUAUAGGAAUACAGAAAUAUCAGUCUCUG